GGGGGUCUGAAUGUCCAACCGGGACGGUCCGUGGACCAGCGAGAACUCCCACGCACGACUCACAGUUGACUGAUGAGUAGCCAGUAGGGCUGGUGUUGGACUACACCGACCGGCGCAGAGAGGAGGCCAUAAGAAGAUUGAAGGACAGAAGACAUAGUUGCAGAACUGCUGGUGGUUAACUCGUGGUUAGUCUUAGCAUACUUGUGGCAGUAAGCAGAGGAAAAGGAGGGCUUGGUGAUGGUCACAGCUAUGGAGGAUGCCUGUCCCAAUGGGGUACGGGAGGAGAAGGAGGAGGUGACAGCGCCGAGACAGCCCGGCGCGGAGUGGCCCCCGGCUGAGCAGUCCACCCAGGGAGCAGAUGCGUCUGGAGCAAUGCAGCAGGUUUUGGAUAAUGUGGGUGAGCUGCCCAACGCCACCACGGGGGCCAAAGACAUCGACCUGCUCUUCCUGCGCGGCAUCAUGGAAAGUCCCAUUGUACGAACCCUGCCAAAGGCUCAGGAGCAGCAGGAGGAGGUGAAGCUGGAGGCGGUGCAGGACAACAACGUGGAGCUGGUGACAGAGAUCCUGGGCGACAUCAGCAAUCUCAAGGUCAAAGAUGACAGCGCCACUGAACUGUCCAAGAUCCUGCAGGAGCCACACUUCCAGUCUCUUUUGGAGGCGCAUGACACAGUGGCCUCAAAAUGCUACGACGUCCCGCCCCCAGCUGAGAUGACCAAUGACGCGGCCGUGAACAGUGCUCUGAUGCAGGCGGAUGCUGUGCGCAUGAUUGGCAUCCGAAAGAAGGCUGGAGAGCCGCUGGGUGUGACCUUUCGCGUGGAGAAAGACGACCUAGUCAUUGCCAGAAUUCUGCACGGCGGCAUGAUUGACAGGCAGGGCCUGCUGCACGUGGGCGACAUCAUAAAGGAAGUGAACGGCAAGGACGUUGGCAACAACCCCACCGAGCUGCAGGAGAUGCUCAAAGACUGCAGCGGAGGCAUCACACUGAAGAUUCUCCCGAGCUACCGGGAUGCUCCGGCACCUCCUCAGGUGUACGUGAGGCCUUACUUUGACUACAACCCAGACAGUGACAACCUGAUCCCGUGUCGGGAGGCGGGGAUGGGCUUCAAGAAAGGCGACAUCCUUCAGAUCGUCAACAGGGAGGAUCUCAACUGGUGGCAGGCUUGUCAUGUGGUGGGCGGGGCCACAGGACUGAUACCCAGUCAGUUCUUGGAGGAGAAGAGGAAAGCGUUUGUCCCUCGAGACUUUGAUGGGUCAGGCAUCCUUUGUGGCACAAUAGCUGGUAAAAAGAAGAAGAAGAUGAUGUACCUGACGGCAAAGAACGCAGAGUUUGACCGACACGAGCUGCAGAUCUAUGAGGAAGUGGCAAAAGUGCCACCGUUCCAGAGGAAGACGCUGGUUCUGAUCGGCGCUCAGGGCGUGGGCCGACGCAGCCUCAAGAACCGACUCAUGGUGCUUCAGCCAACACGUUUUGGCACCACUAUACCAUACACUUCACGACGAGCCCGCGAUGAAGAACUGGACGGUAACUCUUACCACUUCACAAGCCGGACAGAGAUGGAGGUGGACGUGAAGGCCGGGCGCUUCCUGGAGCACGGCGAGUACGACGGCAACCUGUACGGCACCAAGAUCGAUUCCAUCCAUGAAGUGGUGGCCACCGGACGUACCUGCAUCCUGGACGUCAACCCACAGGCUCUGAAGGUACUGAAAACAGCUGAGUUCAUGCCUUACGUGGUUUUCGUAGCAGCACCAGAUUUCGACACCCUCAAGGCCAUGCACAAAGCUGUGGUGGACGCAGGCAUCACAACAAAGCAGCUAACAGACGUAGAUCUGCGGAAGACGGUGGACGAGAGCGCCCGCAUCCAGCGGGCGUACAGCCACUACUUUGACCUGACCAUCGUCAACGACAACCUGGACAAGGCCUUUGAGAUGUUACAGGCUGCUGUGGUCAAACUGUGCAGUGAACCCCAGUGGGUCCCCGUGAACUGGGUGUACUGAGGAGCGACUGAGCCUCCAGCAUGUCUGUGUGCUUCUGACCACAAAGGCCAAAGAAGAGGAGAAGAGUGGCGAAGAUCCUUCUGCAAAAAAAGAUAACACAAAUAACAAAACAAACAAAAAAAAAAGUCUCCUUCUAAUUGCUCUCUCUCUUCUUAGGCCUACACGGCUUGCAACUUUUUUUCUACUCAAAACUGAAAAGGGAAAGAGUGAUUAUUUAUUUUAUAACUUUUUAUGAAAGAUCUUUCUAUUCAAUGUGGAAUUCCAGUGAGAAUGGAAACUGAAAAAGAAAAAAAAAAAUCUGGUCCCAUACGUGGGCCCUAUUUUUGCAUUAAUUUAUUGUUGUAGUAGUUUCCGUCUUAUUUUGUAGCGCGUGUUCGUGUCAGUCUUCCUUUUUUUCCCGCGCGCAGACCCGGGAUUUACGAUCACCACCCCGAGCUCCACUGUGAAGACAAUGAAGGCCAAUGAUUUCUCAGCAGUCUGUGUCCAAGAAAACCUGUCAGUGUCAAACAUCAUUGCCAUGUUUGAGCAACCGUGUAGCUCUGAUUUAUGUCUGCACUCAAACUCCUCAACACCCGAUCGUGUACUUUUUCAAACGUGAAACCGUUUUGUUACAGUAGUUUUUCCAUCCGUGUGGUGAAUUAUAGUGUUGUGUUGUGUCACACACCAUGAUUUUUUUUUUAUUUUUACUUUUAUUCCCCUCGAUGUGAGGCUGUCGUCUGGAGUGUGAUCAACGUUGUUAACGUCUGCAUCCACAAACGUUUGUUCAUGUCGUCUAAAUGUGAGUGUGUUCCUCAUCUCCAGUGCUGCAGUACUGUUCGCCAAAGCCCGGGUCAUACUCCAAAAUAAACCAUGACAUUUACCACUAUUACAUCUGGUUGGUAGGUUAACUGCGGGCUGCAAUAUAAAUUUAUACUUAAACAUAAUGGAUGGAUUUUGGAUAAAAUUCUACAACCACUAAAUGUUUGAGCAGGACAUUUCACGAGUUUCUGAAAAAGAUCUUGCGUCUCGUCUUUGUGACAUUUUACAUUCCUGACAUCAUGAACAGCCCGACAUCAACGUCAUGUUCCACAGAUUUGCUUCUACAUUUAUAUCAACAAGGUAAUGAUGAAUAAAGUUUAUUAAACCUCA